AUUUUCACCACACCAGCUGGUGCGGCAAUUAAAGCGCUUACUUUCGCAGAGUACACGGUCACUUUGCUGCCAACCUGUGGCAGUCCUCGGGCCUUGAAGCAGGCCAUAGCGGCAAGCUGCAUAUUGACUGCGUACCUGACGACAGCUUUCAGCUCCAAAGUCGCCGCUCGCCUCGUGACGUGCACGACAAUAGCAAAGGUUGCAGCUUGUGCUGUCGUAGCUGUGGGAGGCAUCGUCAAAAUGGCUCAAGGUAACUUGAAUGACUUGCCAACAGGAUUUGAAGGAACAGAAUCAUCCCCAUCUCUCAUCGCUCUUUCGUUUUACAGCGCAGUCUACACAUAUGAUGGAUGGGCUGCAGUAACAACAGUCACAGAAGAAUUAAAGAAUCCUCGCAAAAUGGUCCCCCGCGCUAUGGCCAUCAGUCUGGGAGCAAUGAUAACGCUGUACAUGCUCAUGAUCGUGUCCUACCUCUCCAUGAUGACCAAGCAGGAACUUCUGGAUGCUGACGCUGUCGGAGUGCUGUGGGGAGACAGGGCGCUGGGACCUGCAGCCUGGCUCAUCCCUUUCUCUGUGAUGGUCUCUACAUUUGGGUCAUCAGCCUCAGGUCUAUUUGGUACGAGCAGGAUCUGUUUUGCUGCUGCAAGAGACAAAAAUUUUCCUGAGGUUAUCUCAUUUAUUCAGGUGAACAGAUACACGCCUUUCGUCGCCAUGACAUUUUUGAUGAUUGGGAGUCUUGUGUUUAUUCUGCCGUCUGAUCCAGGCCAACUGAUCAACUUUGUCGGCUUCUUCUCCAACAUCUUCCAAGGCCUUGUUUACGUCAGUCUGCUCAUUUUACGGUGGAAAAAACCUGAUGCCCCGCGAAGCUACAAGGCCCCAAUCCCCGUGGCCGUCCUGAUGGUUCUGCUGUCCAUCUUCCUUGCCGUCCUACCUCUGAUGAAGAACCCGCGGAUUGAGCUGCUGUAUGGUCUAGCCGGCAUCCUGGCGGGUCUUGUCUUUUACGUGCCCUGUGUCGUUUACGACAAAGCUCUGCCUGGAACAGAUCGAAUCACCAUGUUCAUUCAACUUGUGUGCAAUGUCGCACCACCGCCUGCGUAUGAAGACUAAGCUUCCCACGCCAGGACAACAUCCCUUUAAGUGCCGCUGAAUAAACCGAGCAUUGGGUGAAACUCGGCAAAUAGUCUUCGUAACAACUAACUUGGCCGAAGAUAGAGGGUUUAUUUGAGAAGAAGAGCUGUAAAUUGAUCUCAUCGUGGCCAGAUAGGGCUUGAAAAGGGCAAGCCUAAAAUCAGAAUUGACAAAGUUUGAGAAAAGAAGAAAGAGGGCAGGAUUGAGAAAGGGGGGGGGGGUAUAAAAGAA